UCCACACUUUGGACACACCAAAAGACGCACACAAGAGAAAAACCUUAUAAAUGUAACGAUUGUGAGAAAUGUUUUGCUCUAAAGAAAAGUCUUUUUCUACAUCAGAUAAUCCACACAGGGGAGAAACCCUAUCAGUGCAUCGAGUGUGGAAAUUUUUUUCGUUCAAUAUCAAACCUCGGAAAGCAUAAGAAAAUUCAUAGAGGGGAAAAAAAAUACAAAUGUUUAGACUGUGGGAGAGCAUUUAUUAAUUCAUCUCAUCUUAGAAGUCACUGGCAAGUCCAUAUAGGAGAGAAGCCCCAUAAAUGCUCAGAGUGCGAUAAAUGUUUUUCUAGGAGAUAUAGCCUUUUGUUACAUCAGAGAACACACAGUGGAGAGAAACCAUAUAAAUGUCCGGAGUGUGGAAGAUGUUACGCCCAAAGAACAAGCCUAACUCGACAUAAGAGACUUCACACCGGAGACAGGCCCUAUCAGUGCCCAGAAUGUGACAAGCGAUUUCUGGUGUCUGCUGAACUCCGGAUACAUCAGAGAAUCCACACAGGAGAG